AUAGACAAUUAUGUGGAAGCUUCUCUUACAAUUCAAAGGAAAAAAGGUGUAUUCUUCACAGUCAUUGGACAACAGAUUUUGAAAACAAUGCCAACUAUGUAUUUAGUUCAAUUAAGACAUGGAAUCCGCGAAUUGCUGGAAGCUGCUUCAAUCAUUCAUGUAAGGAUUGGGAAAUGUGUUUACCUGGAAUCAAUACCUACUACUGCUUAGAAUUGGACAGAGACUGUGGUCUACCACUCCAGAUGAACUCCGCGGUGAUCGCUUGGGGCAAUAAUUGGUUUGUGAGAUAUAAGUGUUUGGUGAAUAUGAUUGGAGAAGACGCUCGAAAAUCAAAGUGUCAGCACAGCUCAGUUUGGUCGAAACCAGAAGCAUGUCGUUAUUCGUGUAAACUGCCAUAUAUUGUAUCCUUCAAUAUGACAAACAGUACUUACAGCGAAAGUUCCUGGAAAUAUGAAUGCCUGGAAACCAACACAAGUUGCCGUAUGAAAACAAUUUGGAAUAACGGAUCAAACCAUUAUCUCGAUAUUUCCUGUACAACGAAGAAUAAUGUAAGCAGUCAGUUAACAAAUUUCAGUUAUUUUUGUGCCAAAAGUAAAAUCGUCGAUAAUUUCAAUUACUUUCAACCCUGUUUACCAAAGAAAGCUAGACACCCUUGUCAAGGCGUGAUGAAAAUGGUGUGUGAAGUUUUUGAUCGAUUUUCGCUUGAAGCUAAUAAAAGAAAACUCGCAGCUAGGUUGUUAGAUUUUCAAGUUGGUGUUUGGGAGCAGGCUUCGACUGAGGAAAUAGAAAGAAGUGACACGGAAGAGGAAUCACAAAGAAGUGACACGGAAGAGGUAACACAAAGAAGUGACACGGAAGAGGAAUCACAGAGAAGUGAUACGGAAGAGGUAACACAAAGAAGUGACACGGAAGAGGAAUCACAAAGAAGUGGCACGGAAGAGUUGUAUCAAAAAUAA